AUGCGUGAUAUAAAUCGAAGCCAACAAGUCCAGAACCAUACUUCUGGUGCAGCCGAGCAAUACCUCUUCCAUGGAACCAGACGCGCCUGCCACAUCGGCGACGAUAGGACGCAAAUUAACCCCUGCAAUCGCAGUGACUGCUAUCUCUGCCACAUCAUCAAAUGCUCGUUCAGUAUGGCUCAUGCGAAUGCCAAUGGCAUGUUUGGCCCCGGGAUUUACACGAGCAGCGUAUCUUCGAAGUCUGACGGAUACGUGUGGAACCACCACAUCCACUCGCACAAACAUGCUAUGUUCUUAAGUAACGUCGUAACUGGCAGAUCUCAGAAGCUAUACGCGGCAUCUCACGGCAGGCGCUCUCCUGAUAAUGGCUAUGAUUCUGUAGAGGCAGUCACGCACAAGCACGGUGGAUCGGUGGAUUACCCAGAGACUGUGGUUUACCGGGAGGACGCAAUCCUGCCAUCUGUGGUCAUAAUGUAUACUCGGCACUAG